AUGAUCCAUCCGUUGUUUCUCGCGCUGCUCCGGGUCGCGCUGGUCAGUGGGCUCGAUGCUCCUUCUGCUGCUGUUGAUGAUUACGACGUGCUGCAGUACGUGAAUCCACUGAUAGGAAGCACAAAUGGAGGAAACGUGUUUGCCGGAGCGACGAUCCCCUAUGGGAUGGCCAAAGCCGUCGCGGAUACGGACUCCCCAAGCAGACAGGGGGGCUUUACCUUUGACAACAGUAAUAUAACUGGAUUCUCCAGUCUGCACGACUCUGGGACAGGAGGACAGCCUUCCCUUGGAAACUUUCCGCUGUUCCCCUACGUAUCAUGCACAGACGACAAGGUCAAUGGCUGCACCUAUCCGAAGAGAACGCGGAAAACCACAUAUGACCGGGACUCUGUCGUUGCCAGCCCCGGGUACUUCGGCUUGACUUUGAGCUCCGGUAUCCAGGUGCACAUGACUGCGACCCAUCAUACAUCCCUGUUUCGCUUCCGGGUUGCGUCCGGCCAGACUACCAGUCCCCUCAUCCUAUUGGACCUCACUGAUCUGUCUGAUUCGCGGCAAGAUAACGGUACGAUCUUUGUUGAUGAGACCACGGGUCGACUGACAGGUUAUGCACGCUUUCUACCUAGCUUUGGCAGUGGCUCUUAUGUGCCCUAUUUCUGUGCAGACUUUGACAGCGACGCGGGAAUCCGGGAUAAUGGGAUCUUCGUCAAUUCUCGAGCAGAUACCAGCGUGAAGAACCUUACGGUAUCCAGAAGCAUCAACGGUUAUCCUCUUCCGGCCGGGGGCUUUGUUCGAUUCAAUCAUAAUGUAAACCACACGAUCUUAGCCCGCGUCGGACUGAGCUUCAUUAGUACUGCUCAGGCGUGCCGCAACGCUGAAGAUGAAAUACCUAACUUCGACUUCGAUGCUACCAGGUCUGCUGCAGUUAAUGUAUGGACAAGGAAGUUGGCCCCUAUCCGUGUCUCCAGAACAGGAGUUGGCUCUUCGGUCCUCACCAACUUCUAUAGCGGCAUUUACCGGACCAUGGUCAACCCUCAGGACUACACAGGAGAAAACCCGCUCUGGAGGAGUGCUGAGCCCUACUUUGACUCUUUUUACUGCCUCUGGGAUUCUUUCCGGUCACAGCUUCCCUUUCUGACGAUUGUUGAUCCUUCAGCCGUGUCAAGGAUGGUCCGGUCGUUGAUUGACACGCAGCGACAUCUAGGUUGGCUUCCUGAUUGCCGCAUGUCUUUAUGCAAAGAAUCACUGCUAGGCUAUACGCAGGGAGGCUCCAAUGCGGAUGUGGUCCUUGCUGACGCAUAUGUCAAGGGCCUGUCCGAGGGUAUUGACUGGGAUAAUGGGUAUGCAGCUGUUCAAAAGGAUGCGGAAGUGGAACCGUAUGAUUGGAGCAAUGAAGGCCGCGGGGGCUUAGCAAGCUGGAGAAUCCUCAAUUACAUCCCUGUCGAAGACUUUGACUAUCUGGGUUUUGGGACAAUGACACGGAGUGUAUCUCGCACCUUGGAAUACUCCUACAAUGACUUUACCAUUGCCCAGAUGGCUCGUGGUCUCAACAAAACAGGCGAUGCGGAAAAAUAUGAAGCAACAAGCAGAUACUGGCAGAAUUUAUUCAGAGCCGAUCAGACUUCUGUCAUAUCUGGUGCAGAUACCGGCUUCAAAGGCUUCUUCCAACCGAGGAAUCUGAACGGUACUUGGGGGUAUCAGGACCCGAUGGCAUGCUCUAACAUUGACGGGAGCGGCCGUGCCUGUUCCUUGCAAAACACCGGCGCAGAAACGUUCGAGUCUAGCUUGUGGGAAUACCAAUUUUUCACCCCCCACGACAUGUUGACACUGGUCACUCUCCUCGGCGGCCCUGCAGAAUUCACCCGUCGGCUCGAUUAUCUUCAUGACCGAAAUAUCACCUACAUCGGUAACGAACCUUCCUUUCUGACCGUGUUCCAAUAUCAUUACGCCGGCCGACCAGGGAAGUCUACUGCCCGCGCCCACUUUUACAUUCCACGCUUCUUUAGCCCUACACCAGCAGGUCUCCCCGGCAACGAUGACUCAGGCGCCAUGGGCUCCUUUGUCGCGAUGACGAUGAUGGGACUUUUUCCAAACCCUGGCCAGAACGUGUACUUAAUAACUGCUCCAUUCUUCGAAGCAGUGGAUAUCACAAGCCCUCUCACGAACCGAACGGCAAAGGUAAGGACAGUCAACUUCGAUCCUACAUACCAGAGUAUAUACAUUCAGUCUGCGACACUUAAUGGAGAGCCUUAUUCGCGGAAUUGGAUCAGCCAUGACUUCUUUACCGAGGGGGGUGAGCUUGUUCUCACCCUUGGGAGGAAUGAGAGUAGAUGGGGGACGUCGGCUGAUGAUCUCCCGCCUUCUUUGCCGGUGGUUGCUCCUGGGCCGUCAGUUGAUGAUAUUUAG